UAUCACCCUAAUCGUUAUUUACGAUUGCUAUAAACGCCUAUAACAUAUUAUAUCUCUUAGUGGUAGUUGUCUGGAGUAACUGCGGUUAAAUUCAGCCGUUUGGACGCAUUUUCACAUUGGAGGACGAUUGAGGAAAAUGUCGAAACUUUAUGCAGAGUCGGAAGCCCCGUCCGAGACGUUCAAGAAGAAAUGCUACCAGUGCCUGAAGGGACCCAACCUCAUCAAGACACUUGUUGUGCUGGUGUGCAGCUGCGUGGUCAUACAACAGAUAUCAGCAUGUGUGCGGAAACUGAUCAACAUCCCGAUCACGACGCACACACACUUCGACUUCAAUGAAACGCUCAUGUACCCCAGCCUUACAUUCUGUCGGGAACCACCGUACAAGUUCGACAAGAUGGAGGAAUAUGGCCUGUAUUCGCACCCUCGGUACACCUCCGUCUGGCGUAACUUCAACUUCUCCCACGUGAGCCUGGAUCACUUGUGGGAAGAUAUCACCUACAGCAGUGACGAGUUCUUCGUACAGUAUGGUUUCGAUGGGCUCACAGAAAAUGUGGAAGUGACAUCAAGUCUGGGCUUCGUGAUGGGCCGGUGUUACACUCUUACACCACGGGUGCUGAGCUCUAAAGCAUCCAAAAGCGUGGGGUACUCCUUGACCCUUCGCCACAACGCCAGGGACAUCGCUAACUCCAUCAGCACUACCCCGCCGGGUUAUCAUGUCUACGUCCAUUAUUCAAAGGAACCUUUUACUGAAGUGGCAGUAUACAACGGUGGUCUGGUUGACUAUCUGUACGUGAACACCGGUGAGACUAUAAGCGUGAAGCUAGCAGUGGACCAGUAUCAGAAGAUCAGUCGAGAUCACGAUCCUUGUGUGAACUGGGAGGAUUACAGUACAAAUGAGUGCACCACUAGGCACGUGUCACGUUUGGUAGGCGAGGCUGUUGGCUGCUCCGGACCUUGGAUGAUCAGUGAUCUUCCACGGUGUGACAACUAUAAUGACAUGAAGAGACUUAUCACGCAGUAUAUAAACACGUAUGAGGAUCACGGCUGCACCUGUUGCCCCCGGAUCUGUCGCUCAUACCUCUACAACGCCUACGUAUCGUUCCGGAGGAGCGACUACACAUGGGAUUCUAUGCAGAAGGUGUGGGCUCUAAACUCAGGUCUUGCCACUUUGGAGACUCAUCUGUACAUCAACUUUAACACUAUGAUGGUGUCCGUCUACGAAGAGCGAUACAACUAUGACUGGAACUUAUUCCUGUCCGACCUCGGUGGAAGUAUUGGAUUCCUUCUAGGCCUCUCCGUUAUCGGCCUCAUGUCAAUGUUUGGCAAGUUGUGGGGCAUUACAGUGCAACCUUUAAUCAAACCCAGGGACGCGAACAGUCCCGGGUCCACCGCCACAGCUGAUGUGAAGACCGUCUCUAAAGACCUGGCCAUGGACCUGGACUAUUUGAAGAAAUGUCAAGAAUGGAAUAUGAAGAACGACUGUAAUGACAAAUGA